AUAAGACAGCCAGACAGCUCACAGAGCGCUCACAUUCAGUCAGCAGAACAACAGGCAAACAGAGUUACUAACUCAAGAAUACAGCGAACCGGCUUUUCCUCUCCGUUUAGUUGUUUGAGUCCAAUCAAAGAUGGUUCGAGAAACCGGUUACUACGAUCUUCUCGGCGUUAGUCCCAAAGCCCAUCUGGACGAGCUUAAAAAAGCAUAUAGGAAACUGGCGUUGAAAUAUCAUCCGGAUAAGAACCCGAAUGAAGGCGAGAAAUUCAAACUCAUAUCUCAAGCCUAUGAGGUCCUGUCAGAUCCUAAAAAGCGGGAAUUGUAUGACCAAGGUGGAGAACAAGCUAUCAAGGAGGGAGGCAUUGGAGGAGGGGGCUCAUCGCCCAUGGACAUUUUCAACAUGUUCUUUGGUGGUGGGGGCAGAAUGCAGAGAGAAAGAAGAGGUAAGAAUGUGGUUCACCAGCUUGGAGUCACACUGGAAGAAUUGUACAAUGGCUCAACAAGGAAACUUGGUCUUCAGAAGAAUGUGAUUUGUGAGAAAUGUGAUGGUUAUGGAGGCAAAAAGGGCACACUUGAAAAAUGCUCAACCUGCAAAGGAAGAGGGGUGCAGGUCCAGGUACAACAGAUUGGACCUGGAAUGAUCCAGCAGAUUCAGAGCAUGUGUUCAGACUGCCAAGGACAGGGAGAGAAGUUCAGCUCCAAGGACCGCUGCAAGAACUGCAAUGGACACAAAGUAGAACGCAAAAAGAAGAUUCUAGAAGUCCACAUUGACAAAGGUAUGAAGGAUGGCCAGAAAAUCUCAUUCCACGGAGAAGGAGAUCAAGAGCCUGGACUAGAGCCUGGUGAUGUCAUAAUCGUACUGGAUCUGAAAGAGCACCCUGUCUUCCAAAUACAGGAUGACAACCUGAUCAUGAAGAUGAAAAUCAAGCUGGUAGAGGCACUCUGUGGGUUUAAGAAGACAGUCCUUACCCUAGAUAAAAGAACACUCCUCAUCGAGUCAUCUCCAGGUCAAGUAAUAAAACCAAAUAGUUUUAAAUGUAUUUAUAAAGAGGGCAUGCCUGUGGAGAGAGACCCUUAUGAGAAAGGUCUUCUCAUCAUACAGUUUGAGAUUGAGUUCCCCGAUAAACAUUGGCUACCUGAGCACAUGCUGCCAGACCUGGAGAAGCUACUCCCAAUGAGAGAUCACGUCAUGGUGUCGGAUGAUAUGGAAGAGGUUGACCUCUGUGAAAUAGACUUUGAAAGCCAAAAGAGAAGCUACAGUAGUGAAGCCUAUGAAGAAGAUGGAGGCCCCAGGCACAGUGGCGUUCAAUGCCAGACUCAGUGAAUGUCACAAAUAAUGGGAUCAUUGGUUCAACAGCAUUUUUCUAAAAUGACUGCAAAUGUACACUGAAAGAUAGGAUAGUUAAAUGUAAUUAUUGGCAAGCACUACUGUAUGUACAUUACAGCGAGGAAUUCCUUCAAACCAAAGCCUUAUAAGAUGGACCAAUUUCUUGCCACAUAUGUUCUGAAGCAUCUUGCAAGGAAGAACCUAGGAUAUCCAGCAGCUACUGCAAUUAAUGAGUAUUAAAGAGUACAUUGGAUUGAUGCAGUUUUUGGAUGAAAAUCUGAACUGUUAUCCACUUAUGAUCUGAAUUUAAAGUUGCAAUAUUUAAUAUAUUUACUGUACUAAAUGAUACAAUUAUCAUAUGUUAUCAGAGAUUUAGGAAACAUGCUAAGUUGAAACACUGGCUUCUCAGAAAACAAUGCUACAGCCAGUAUAUUCAACUUUGAAGUAGCCGUUCCGGGGCGGAAUUUCAGUUUGUGUUUUGGCCUGUGCGAUCCAGCACACUACUAACCCUUUUUCCCAAUAGUAGUUCAACACCCGGGUUUGCAGAUUUAAAACAAGUUUGUGAGCAAACAGAGCAUGCUACAGCCAUGGAAGCCAGCAAUACAUCUAGAUAAAAUUGACAGAGUUAUAAAAAAAUCCACGAGCUGGUAUAUCAUUUACAAAACUUUACAAACGUAUACAUUAGCGGAUCAACUUACAGCAUAAGUCUUGUUGCUUGCCAUUGUCAGUUUACUCUUUCCUGUUGUGUGCCUCAACCUGGCAACCCAGUGAGCUUGGAGUCUGGGGAAGACAACUCUCCAAUAUUUUG